AUGCUAAACCGAGACCCUCCUGUUCUGGAACUUCCCGUUCCAAUCGAAGCAUAUAGAUCCUUCCUUGGGAGCUCUUUAGUUAGAUCCGAGAAUCUUGAAGAGAUCAAUGAGGCAUUUGAGUCAAUUUCAAGUCUGUUAAGUGAUGCCAAGGGCUUGCGUUCGGAUCAAGCUUUCGUUAAUGAUGAUGACGUGAACAAUAACGACAUGAAGAAGAAGAAGACAAAAUUUGAUGAUGAAGAGAUGGAUCUUGAUGAUCAGCUCAUAGAUAUUGCGACACUUUUUGAAGGAUUGUUACGAGAUGAGCUUGAAGAGUUUGCUGCAAGUUUUCCGAUGAGUUCUCAAACUGCUGUUGGUAAUGUCUUGAUGGAGGCAAAGGGUCCAAAUACACAGCGGUUGAUGAUGAUAUGUCGACGGAUCCAAAUCUGUUGUUUCCUAACUCUGAGGGUGUUGAAAACAGAGAUUUGA